UUAAUCGUGGGACUUUCCGGUCCUUUGGUUUCAUUUUGUCUGUUGGCUGCUUGACGCAGAUAACCUCUAAAAUUAAAUUCGGCCUUGAGCGUCGCAACGGCCUUUGUUUUUCGUGUUGUCACCAAAAAUUAUCAGAAAUGGCAGGAAGAGUUGCAGAAAUCAAAGAAGAGCUCAACAAAUCGCUCCACGACAAAUCAAAACCGUGGUCUUCCCUUCUGGCCACAGUCGAGGCGAAAACCGGCGUGGACAGACUGUACAUCUUCAUAGGUUCCAUUGCUAUUAUUGGCCUGUGGCUCGUUUUCGGAUAUGCCGCACAACUCGUUUGCAAUACCGUUGGGUUCGUGUACCCAGCGUAUGUCUCAAUUCGUGCCAUUGAGUCCAAACAGAAAGACGACGACACCAAGUGGCUGACCUAUUGGGUAGUUUUUGCCAUUUUUUCCAUCCUCGAAUUCUUUUCCGAUCUUAUUGUUGGCUGGUUCCCACUUUAUUGGCUCAUGAAGUGCGUAUUCUUCGUGUGGCUCAUGAUUCCCACUGAACUCAACGGUUCAUUAAUUCUGUACAAGAAAAUUGUGCGUCCGUACUUUUUGAAACACCACAACAGUGUUGAUGAGGUGUUAGCCAAGGCUAAAGAUUCAGCUAAUAAACUUUUGGAAAAAACAGAAUAAGAGGAGCACUCUUCCGUGUUUAGAACAUUUAUCCUAAAAUACUUUAUUCAUAUGUCAAGUGACUUUCGGGAAUGUUUUAUUUGCGUUUGAGAUUAUUAUACUAGUAUUAUAUUUAAAAUUAUUUUAGUGCCUUUUGGGACGGUUUUUUUGUUUGAAAAUUGAUAAAUGUUACACACUAUUUUUGUAUCACACAGUUUUACGAUCUCAUGUUGAACACAGGAUUAUUACAAGGCUCAAAUGUACUGUGCUUUAAAUUGUUUUGUCCAGUUAGCUGCUAUAAUAAAAAAAUUAAAUCGUG